AUGGGAAGACUAAACGGGGGUACAAAUGCGGGUAAACAACACUUCAGCCAUGACCACAUCUUGAAACUAAUUGCCAAUCCAACUGAAACUCUCACUUGCAAUGCUUGUGAGAAACCAAACAAUACUAACAAGCCUUUCUACGGCUGCAACACCUGCCAAUAUUUUCUCCAUGAAAACUGCUUUAAUGCUCCGCGUUUUCUCAAUCACUCGUCUCAUCCUUCCCACCUCUUGACCCUUCACCAUCCGCCUUACGCGGGUGGUUACUAUAUUUGCAACGCUUGUGGGUCUGAUGGAAAUGGAUUUUGCUAUAACUGUGCUGCUUGUGAUUUUGAUAUUCACUUGCAAUGUGCAUCCUGUCCUAGCUCCAUACUUGUUGAUAAACACCCGCAUCAAUUGGAGCUCCACUUUGGUUCUCCUGAUGAAGACAAGGAUAGUGAAUAUGUUUGCGACAUCUGCUUUGUAACGAUGAACAAUGACAAUUGGUUGUACUAUUGCGCUGGCUGUGAUUUCGCGUCACACUUGCACUGUGCUAUAACUAGUCCUGAAGUCGGUGUUUUCCCCAAACAGCACCAUCCAAAUCCAAAUCCAAAUUCAAGUCGGAAUUCCAAUGUGAAUGAAGUGGUGGAUAUGAUAAAUUCAGUGAAUGAUGAUCAUGACAGGCUCAUAGCAGCGCAAAUUGCAGCUCAGAUUGACGCACGAUCAAGACGCGCUAUGCUGGACUUAGUCUAG